UUUUCGGAUGUAAUGAAAGGAGUGAUAUAUUGUCUUUGGAAUUUGACUGUGUUGUCUUCUUCUUUGUGACUCACUCUCUCUUCAGCUCUUGAAUUUGAUCCACCUGUGUUGCUUUUCCCACCAAACCAAACAAAAUAACCUGAUAUUAACGUUAUAGUAGUUCUUUUAUCGAACAUUGUGCCAUGACAUUCGACGAGGUUUCCAUGGAACACGGCAAGAGCUUCAUCUUCGCCUUGCAGGAACUUAAGAACCUGAGGCCUCAACUCUAUUCUGCUGCAGACUACUGUGAGAAAUCUUAUCUCAAUAGUGAUAAAAAACCAAUGGUACUUGACAACAUGAAAGAUUAUGUAGUAAGGGCCCUUGUUAAUGCUGUUGAUCAUCUAGGAACUGUGGCUUACAAGUUAAGCGACAUUCUUGAGAAGCAAACAUUUGAUGUCUCGACCAUGGAUUUGAAGGUCUCUACUUUGAAUCAGAGACUUCUUACAUGGCAUAUGUACACUGAUAAAGAAGGUCUUCGGCAACAGCAGUUGUUGGCUUUCAUUCCCAGACAUCAUAAGCACUACAUUUUGCCAAAUCCCGUCAAUAAAAAGGUACAUUUCAUCCCACACAGAAAAAUUGGUGCAAGACAAAAUUCAUUUCAAACCAGAACUCGUCUUCAUUCUUCAGGUACCCCUAUUUCAAAAACUCUUUCAUGGCAUUUAGCAUCAGAAACUAAGUCUACCUUAAAAAAACAGACUUCACGGACUUCAAAAAACACCAAGGACUCAAAAUUUUAUAAGAAGAUCUCUGGAGUUUUCCACCUUUUAGAUAGUGAAGGGAGUACGCGGAUGAAAACCUCAGCAGCACCACCUCACUUGACAAAUGGAGUUCCUACUUCUGGUGCUGCCACCCAAACUAUGGGUGCCACAGGCAGGGAUGCACUGAAGCAUUCCAAACCAUUGACAACAUAUGGUUCCUUUGAUGAUCGAAAUGGACGUGAGGCUGUCCAAGUUCACACUCGCAGUAAAAGUGUGCUUUCUAGUUUCUUUGUCAAGCAAACUGCAGCUAAGUUGAAGGCCGGUUCUGUCUUAUGAUAACUAUCAAGGCAAAUGCAAGCUCUGGAUGAUGUGGAUAGAUGUCAUUCUUUUUUUUUUUUUUAUCAAAGAGGAGUUAAGAAUGAUACCUCUUGAGGCAAAUGCAAGCUCUGCAAUGAUUGGAUAGAUGCCACUUUUUUUUCUUUUUAUUUUUUCAUAAAAGAGGAGUUAAGAAAACAACUUUGAUAUAAUUCUCUUUUCGUUGACCACUCGUCCACUAAUGAACAGAAUUACAUUAGUAUAUAUUUCUAGUUCUAGUCUUUGAA